CAUGAAUAAUCAAUUAACAAGUUCAUGAAUAAUGUUUAUGAGUUUUAUAAGGCUAUGGUUGAUGGUUAAUGUGAAAAAGGAAGAGAGACGGAUGCUAAUUUGCGAGGAUAAUAUGCCAGCCAACAAAGGAGGGCGAGAAAAAUGAAUUGAUCCAUGAGUUUAGGGACUCAUAAACUACAGGGACUAAAGCAUAAUUCACUCUAUAAAUAAACUCCAAUGGGGGCCUGAGUUUCGCCGGGCGUGAGGCCUCCCUUACGGAUCUCUCUCUCUUCAGCAGUCGUCAACCUUCAGAAAACAACAAUCAAGAAUUGGAAAUUUCGUUUAUUUUUGCCAUUAUUUAUUUCUAGACUGAAACAGCCUCUCCUCUCUGUAAAAAAACAAACCAAACCCCAAGAACUAUGGAGGCUGCGGCUGUAAACACUAACCGCAAAACCUCAAAACCUCAGUUUGAAUCAAGCUUCGACUCUCAGGAUAUUUCCCCAUCAGCUAGACUUCUCUUUGAAAUCAUAACAAGACCCUCAUCUCAUGAUAUUGAAUCUGCACUCUCUUCCACUGGAAUCCCACCCACUCAUGAUAUUGUGCAUGAAGUCCUCAAACUUUGCCACGAAAAUGCCACUUCUGCAAUCGCAUUCUUUCGCUGGGCUGGCCGGACCCACAAGCUGACCUCGUACGCCUGGAAUUUGAUGGUGGACUUACUAGGCAAGAACUGGAUGUAUGAGCCCAUGUGGGAUGCAGUUCGUACGAUGAAGCAAGAAGAUAUGUUGUCAAUGGCAACUUUUGUUUCUGUUUUUGGAAGCUACUGUAUGGCUGGUAAGUUUAAUGAGGCUAUAAUGAGUUUUUAUGUUAUGGAUAAAUAUGGUGUUCAGCAAGAUGUUGUCGUGGUGAAUUCGCUUUUGACCGCCAUUUGCCACGAGGAAAAUCAGACAGCAAAGGCGUUGGAAUUUUUCGACAAAAUUAAGCUGAAAAUCCCCCCCAAUGCGGAUACUUUUGCUAUUUUGUUGGAAGGAUGGGAGAAAGAAGGCGACGUGGCCAAAGCCAAGACUACAUUUAGUGAGAUGGUGAUUAAAGUUGGAUGGAGUCCAGAGAAUAUGUCAGCAUAUGAUUCUUUUUUGACAACACUUGUUCGUGGGUCGCAAGCAGAUGAAGCUGUCAAGUUCCUUCGGGUGAUGAAGGGGAAGAAUUGCUUGCCAGGUUUGAAAUUUUUCUCUAAUGCUCUUGAUAUGCUUGUUAAGCAGAAUGAUUCUACCCAUGCCAUCCCUCUGUGGGAUAUAAUGGUGGGUAGUGGUUUGUUGCCUAAUUUGAUCAUGUAUAAUGCAAUGAUUGGCUUGCAUUGCAACAACAAUGAUGUUGACAAUGCAUUUCGGUUGCUUGAUGAGAUGGUUUUCAAUGGAGCUUUCCCAGAUUUUUUGACCUUCAACAUAAUUUUCCGAUGUUUGAUCAAGAACAAGAAAGUUCACCGAGUAGGCAAAUUCUUCUACGAGAUGAUAAAAAACGAAAGCCCUCCAACACAUUUUGAUUGCUCUGCAGCCAUUAUGACAUUGAUUGAUGGUGGUGACCCUGAAAUGGCAAUUGAGAUUUGGAACUACAUAGUUGAGAACCAUGUCUGGCCUCUUGAUGGAAGUGCAAAUGCACUUCUCAUUGGGUUUUGUAAUUUAGGAAGGAUGUCACAGGUGAGGCGGUUUGCAGAAGAUAUGCUUGAUAGAAGAAUAAAUAUAUAUGAAUCAACUAUGAAGAAGUUGAAGGACUCUUUUGAUAAAACAGGUAGACACGGAAGAGACAAGUAUGAUUGUCUCAUUAGAAGAUGGAAAGCUCCCUAGAUGUCAUGCUGUAUGUUUCCUUUUUUUAUUUAUCCUUUCUGGUAAUGUUAAACAUGUGGCAGUGCUUCCCAGAAAGACUUUGACGCAAGCUGAGUCUUCUGUUUAUUCUUGCCUUUGCUUUUGCAUCUGCUAGUAAUAUAAGAUCCUUCCAUUGCGACA